AUGAAAAAAAAAGUGAUUGAUGCACUGAAAGAUGAUAAAUACAUGUUUAACCCAGCUCCUACAUAUAAAAACGAAAAGGGGACUGAAGACAAGCUAAAGAAGAAAAAACAAAGAGAAAAAAAACAACUCUAAAGAAGAGCUUAAUUAGCUGAGUACAUAUCUAGUGAUGAUGAUGGUCCUUAGAAUAACUAACCUAUUUUAGAUUAAGAUGAUUAUGGUGCAUUAGGAGAUCUAGAUUAAGAUAUUUUAGGCUAUUUUCAAAUGAAAAGUCAAAAAAUACUUAAUAUGACAUAAAAAAUACCAGAGCAAGUAUGAUUGAUUAUGUUUAUAAAAUAGAUUUUUGAUAUUGGAUCCUUACAUUUAGGAUGUGUAUCAUCUAUUGGUCCAAAUGGAGCAUAUUUAAUAGUUAAUUUUACUAGAAAUAAAAAAGGAUUCGUAGAUUAACAUAAUCUUAGAGAUAGAAAAAAUAUUAAUGGAGGGGAUUAUAAAAUUGGAGAAUAUGUUAUUACUAAAGUUAUUGAAGAACAAAAAAGUAACAAAAUUUAAUUAAGUUUACAUCCUAAUAUUAUUAAUGAUCAACUAAGUGUUAAUUAAUUAGUUAUUGGAAUGUAAAUACCAGGAAUAGCCUAAACUUGGAAUGAAUUUGGAACAACUAUUAAUUUUGGAUCUUAAUAAUUUAGUGGAUUUAUAAAUGAGUAAAAACUCAAAUGUGGAAGGGUUUAUAUCUUUAAUAUCAAAGAAAUCAAUUACAAAGAAAAAAUUGUAAUAUGUGAUUUUGAAUAAAGAGAUGUUUAAUUAUAAAAUAAGAAAUAAAUAUCUAAAUACUUACUUAAUCCUGGUAAUCUUUGGAAAUGCAAUAAUGCAAAAUCUAUUACUGGAGGACAAAUUGUUAAAUUAAACAAAUUUGGAGUUUUAGGAUAUGUCUUCUAAGAUUAUCAAAUAGAACAAGACAAAAACAUAUUAUGUAGAAUAAUUGGAUUUGAUGAGCCUUCAAGAUAAAUUUAUCUUUCUAGUAAACAAGAGCAUAUCGAGAAUAUUAUUUACAUUCCUCCUUAUGAAAUUGGUUAACAAUAUUAAGGUAUUGUAAUAAAUCAACCAUUAUAUUCUGGAGCUUAUUUAGUUAAUGCUAUCUUGAAUGAUGAUUAAGUAUAAACCAAAAAAAGUAAAAAAGCUUUAAAAGCUAAAUUGCCUAAUUUGGGGCCUAUUUGUAUGUUAAAUAAAACUUAAAUUCCAGCUGAUUAAGAAAUCAUUGAUCAUAUCUAACGAAUUUGCAUAAUAAAAGAAAUUAACUACUUUGAUCAUGUUGGAUUCGUAUCUUUUGAAGUUAAUUCUAAACCAAAAUUAAGUGAUUUAAAUAUUGGAGCUAUUGUUAAAGGUGUUGUUAAAUAAGUGUUACUGAAAGAGGAUUCAUAUAGUGUUUUAUUGAAAAUUAAUGAAAAUUUUAAUGCUAUCUUACCAUCUAUCUAGAUGUCAGAUUAUCCUUUAACUAACCCACCUAAAUUUAGAAUUGGCAGUAAAAUUAGAGUCAGAAUUUUAUAAAUUGAUGAAUAGCAUAAUAAUAUUAUAGUAACUAUGAAACCUACUUUACUUACUGAUAUUAAAGUUUUUAAAUCAUUAGAUGAUCUUAAUGUUGGAGAUACAUUAUAUGGAUUUACUAUUAAAAAAUUAGAAAAUGGAAUUCUAGUCAAAUUCUUUUAAAAUAUUGUAGGAUUUCUGUCCAAUUUGAGUUUUGAUGGGCAAAAUCCUGAUGAUAUCAAAAUAGGUUAAAUUAUUAAAGUCUAUGUUAAAUAUGUAAAUUAAAAUGAUAAUAAAUUAUUACUAUCAUUAAAAAAAAUAGAUCCAAAAUAAAAAUAAGUUAAUGAAACUUAAACAUAAAAUGUUAAAUUAACAAAGCUUAUUAAAACUAAGUUAAAUUUAGGAGAGAAAGUGUAAUGCGUUGUAAGUGCAAUAAAAAAUAAUGUUGUUUAUGUUAAUCUUCCAGAUGGUAAAUUUGGAAGGAUUCAUAAGGCAUUCUUCGAGUGUUAUAGAAAUGAUGAUAGACUAUUUAAAUUAUAAAGUGAAUUUGAGAAUCUGAAUGUAGGUUCUUAAUUAAUAGCUUCAAUAAUUGGAGAAAAUAAAGAAAAUAACAAAUAAAUCUUUGAUUUGACUUGUUUAUCAGAUCAUAUAGAAUUAGAAAAAGAUGUUUAAAAAGAUAGCAAUAAAAUUGUUUAUGGCAUAAUAAAACACAUUAAAAGUGAUGCAAAAUCACCUUUAGUUGUAUAAAUUUAUUAUAAUUACAAUGUUUUUAUUGAUGGAUGGGAUAUUGAUGUAGAAUAGCCGGAUAUUUUAAAUAAUUUAGAAUAAAAAAUUUAAUAAGGAUAACCAGUCAAAGUGAAGUUGUAUGAAUUUGAUAAGCAGUUGAAAGGAAUAAUAAUUAAUGAAGAUGAUCAAUAAUUGUAAUAAAAUAUAGGUGAAAUUUUAUAUACAAAGCAAAUUUAUAGAAUUUUGAGUCAUCAUGAUUCAUAUAUAAGAGUGUAAUUAAAAAAUAGAUAAUUUGCAUCAAUUGACAUUACAGAAUUAUCUGAAUUAUGGGAAUUAAAUUUAUUUGAAUAAUUCCCAGUUGGAAAAUGGGGAGAGUGUAGAAUAAUAGCAAAAGAUAAAGUUUAUUGGGCAAGUGCUAGAGAAACAUUUUUGAAUGAUAAAUUAUGGAAUAAAUGUCUCCAUCCAGUUAAGAGUAAUACAAUUUCUUAUUAAAAAAUGAUAUUGUCUCUAAAAUAUGAUGUCAGAACAUAACUAUUUAAAAAAACUCCAUUAACUAUAGGUUAAGUAGCUUUGGGAUAUGUUACUGGAAGUACAUAUAAUGGUACUUUUGUUAAGUUAAACUAUGAGACAACUUGUUUAAUAAGAGGAUUUAAGACUGAUAUUAAGUAUAGACCAAUAGUAUUAAUGAUUACUCAAUUAAAUAAGUUAUAGGGAACGGUAGAUUUAAAUUUACUUAAAUAUAAAUUAGAUGAUAAAUAAUUAAGAAUUGGAGAUGUAGUAUAGGGUUUGAUAGUAAAUAUAAGAAAUGAGAAGGCAGCAGUGAAAAUUUUAGGAACUCUUUAAUAAGGAGAGUUGGAUAAAAAGGAUGCUGAAGGAUUGGAAGGAGAAGAUGGUUGGUGGGCUAAUAAGUUAUUUAAGAUUGGAUAAUAAAUAGAAUGUUUAGUAAUAGGAUAAAGAUAGAAUAAAAAUAAUUAGACAGUUUUAAGAUUAAGCAAUAUUUAAGAAUUGAUUAAUACUGAAGGAAAGAGGAAAAUUGAAUUAGGAGAUAUUUAAUAGGAAGUGAUUGAUUUACAUGAAAGUUUUGAGGAGAUGAUUAAAUAACAUUAAAUAAAAAAUAAUGUUGUAGUAGAACAAUAAAAUUAAGAUAAAUAAAUUGAAGAGGAAAUAUAAUAGGAAGUAAAUGAUGGUGAAGAUAAUGAACAAGAGGAGGAUGAUGUUGAAGAAGAAGAAUAAUAAAACAAUUAAGUUAUUGAAGAAGAAAAUGAUUAAUAAGAAAUUAGAGAAGAAGUUUAAAAUUUAGAAUCAAGAGCUGAAUAUGAAAAGUAAUUUUAAUAUUAUGAUAUUUAGAAAAAUAUUAACAAAUCCUAAUUCUUCUGUUAUUUGGAUUGAAUUUGUAGCUUAUGCUGCUGAGAAUGAAGGAAUAGAAAGUGCUAGAAAUGUUAUUGAAAGAGCAUUAAGAGUUAUUAAUUUCAGUAAUGAAUUAGAAAGAUUGAAUUUAUGGACAGCUUAUUUAAAUUUAGAAUUCAAUUUUGGAUCUGAAGACAAUUUAAUUAAUGUAUUUAAGAGAGGUUGCUAAAAUUGUGAUGGAAAGAAACUUCACAUAAAAUUGAUCAAUAUUUACAGGAAAGCACAAAAAGUUGACUUAACUGUUGAAUUAUCAAGAGUAUACUUUCAUUUAUAUAUUAUUAUAGUCAUUUGUUUAAAAAUAUAAAUAAAGUUGCAAAAGUUGGAUAGAAUUUUUGUAAAGUUUAAUGGAAUGGUAAAAAUUACAUGAUGAUGAAAAUCCUUAAUAUUCAUUUAAAGAUACAUUAAAUAGGGCUAUGUAAAGUUUGAAAAAAACUAAAUAAGUUAAACUCUUAUCCUUUUAUGCUAGAUUGCAAUUUUAAAAUAAUUAAAUUGAAGAAGGAAAAACCACAUUUGAAACUAUUUUAUAAAAGAAUUCUACUAGGUAAAAAUACUUUAAAAUAUGAUUAGAACUGAUAUAUGGUCAUAAUAUUUAGAUUUAGUCAUUAAAUAUUGCUAACCUGAUGUGGUUCGAUCAAUAUUUUAAAAGGCAAUACACAAUAAUAAGAAACCAAGAAAGAUUAAAUUUUUAUUUAAGAAAUAAUUAGAAUAUGAAAACUAAUAUGGAGACAGUGCUACUAUUUAAAAAGUAAAAGAGCAAGCAGAACAAUGGGUUUCACAAUUUAUGUAAAAGGAUAUACAAUAAGAAGAUGAAGAAGAUUCAGAUUGA